AUGCGACUGCCUCUGCCGCUGCCACGGUCUUGGUUUCUGUCUCUGCUUCUGCCUCUGCUUCUGUCACCGUCUCUCUGUCUCUCUCUGUCUCUCUGUCUCUCUCUCUCCCAACCAACUCUCUCUCUCUCUCUGUUUCUCUCUCUCUGUCUCUCUCUGUCUCUGCUCUCUCUGUCUCUAUGUCUCUGUGUCUCAUUCGAAUGUCAGAUAUUUGUUGUUGAUGUCGUUUUUGCGAUCGUGACGGCACGAUCAAACGCGCGACGAUGCCUGGGACUGCUGGGACUGCCGGGACUGACAACGGCCGCGGCCAAUGAUGCGCUGGAUGGACAAGACAUUGUCGUGGAUAUGAAUGGGGAUGUCUACACGCAGUCCAUCCCGCCAAACUUUGCCUCGUUCUCCUUUGAGAUUUCGGGCCUGAUCACGAUGAUCGGCCAGCUCCCUAAUCCACCAAAACCCAGCUUUGUCCAGCUCUUGAAGAAUUUGCAGCAGCAAAGUCAGAGCAACGGUCCCACCAUUCGCGUUGGUGGCAAUAGCGCAGAAGAGUCAUGGUGGAACCCAGACAACAAGCCCUUGCCUGCCAAUGUGAGCUUCAACAUCAAUGCCACCCAAUUGCAAUCCUACAAGAGCUUUGCUGAAGCCAGCGCCCAGACCAAAUUCGUCCUGGGCACGUCCAUGCUGCAGGCCAACUCCCCCGCAUGGGCUGUGGCCCAUGUCCAAGCCAUGGGCAAAUACAUCGGCUGGGAUCUGAUUGAAAGCGUCGAGAUUGGCAAUGAGAAUGACCUCUUUGCAAGCAAUUAUUACCGGCCCCAGAACUAUAGCUAUGAGGAUUAUCGCUCAGAGUUCAAGGUUUAUGAGGAAGCAUUGCAAGCACAGGGUGGAUUGCCCUUGGGACGUGUCCAAGGCGGCACCUUUUGCUGUAAAAGCGAUUUCAAGGACCACGUCGGUGCCUACAUCGACGAGUUUCAUGCCAACAUGACGUCCUUCAGCUAUCACCGGUACCCUGAAUCUCACUGCCAUGACAAUGCACCGACCUUGGCGGGCCUCAUGUCGGAAAACAGCUCGCAAGGACAAGCCGAUAUUCUGGCUCCGAUGGUGCAGGCGGCCUCACAAUACCACCUCCCCGUGCGCGUGGGCGAGGGCAACAGUGUAUCAUGCGGCGGCUAUCCCAACGUCUCCAAUGUUAUGGCAUCAGCACUAUGGUCGCUGGACUUUAUGGCCAGUUUUGCUGCCGUGAAUGUCUCCAUGGUCAACUUUCAUGGCGGUGGCGAAGGCGCCUACACAGCUAUCGGGUAUAAAAGUGCUUUUGACCAAGUGCCGGAUGUGCGCCCGUUAUACUACGGCAUGCUAGCCUUCACCGAGGCGACUCGUAACAACGCCAAGCUCAUCAACGUCACCAUCCAAAACAACGUGUCGGGUAUCAAAAUCUGGCCUUUCAAAGAUGAUACUGGAGCAAUGCGCGUUCUCGUCAUUCACAAAAACUACAAUCUGACCGCAAAUGCCAGCAUCGUCAUCCUUCCCCCCACGGCCCAGAUUUUGCACGAGCUAUGA